AUGGCUUCUCUUCCCUCGGGUUCAUGGUCAUCUGAAUCUGAUCCUCACGCUGUUUUAUUUCCAUUCAUGUCAAAAGGCCACACCAUCCCACUACUCCACCUAGCUCGCCUCCUCCUCUACCGCCGAAUCGCCGUCACCAUCUUCACCACCCCAGCCAACCGUCCCUUCAUCUCAAACUCCCUCUCCGACACUACCGCCUCCGUCAUCGACCUUCCUUUCCCUCAAAACAUCGAUGGCAUACCCGCCGGUAUUGAAAGCACCGACAAACUCCCCUCCAUGUCUCUCUUCGUCUCUCUCGCCACCGCUACAAAACAAAUGAAACCCAGAUUCGAAAAAGCCUUGGAGACUCUACCACAUAUAACUUUCAUCAUCUCCGACGGAUUUCUAGGCUGGACCCUAGACUCGGCCACCAAGUUUGGUGUUCCUCGGCUGGUCUAUUAUGGUAUGAGCAAUUUCGCUAUGACCAUGAGCCGAUUUGUGGUUGAGAAUCGGCUUCUCUUCGAAAAAGAGUCAGCCGAUGAGUUAUUCACGGUGACAAAGUUUCCAUGGAUCAAGCUCACAAGAAAUGACUUCGAACCACCGUUCACUGACCCUGAACCAAAGGGUCCUCAUUCCGAGUUCAUUUUAGACUCGGUCAUAUCAACCUCAAAAAGCUAUGGCCUAGUCAUGAACAGCUUCUAUGAGCUUGAGCAGCUUGUUGAUGCGAGGUUGACCCUCCUCCCUAAGGAGGAAUUCUUCAAAAAUGGAUCCUCAAUAAAUAGAGUGCCUUUGCAGAUAUGUUCGGCUUUGGUUUUCAAGGUGAAGAAUUUGACUCUGACUAAAUUGAUUGUCCAUGGUGUAAUGGGCACAACCCAAAUAACCCUUGGGUGUAUAUUAUACUUUAGAUUCAAGGCUAUAAGACCAUAA